AUGAGCGAAAAACCAAUGCAAGCGGCUGAGAUCGAGAACCAGCCCGCCCACACGGGCGGUCCGGUCUACGAUGUCGAUGAGAAGGUCGAUUAUAAUCGGACGGGUGCCAUUGAUGCGGAGAAUAUCGAGCAUAACAUGACGGUGUUGGAGGCGGUGAAGGCGUAUCCGGCGGCGAGCUUUUGGGCGUUUGUGAUGAGUUGUACGAUUAUCAUGGAAUCCUACUGCGUCUUCCUCAUGGGCCAAUUCAUCGCCACCGCUCAAUUCGCCAAAGAUUUCGGUGUGCUAGCUACCAACGGACAAGAAUAUAUCAUCGAAGCCUCCUGGCAAUCCGCCUUUCAAUGCUCCGGACCCGUCGGUGCCUUCAUCGGUGUCUUCAUCGCCGGUCCGAUCACCAGUUGGAUUGGCUACCGAUGGGCUACUAUCGGUGGUCUCAUGGCUUUGAACGCCUUCAUCUUCAUCUUCUACUUUGGUAAUAGUCAGGGCAUGUUCUUCGCUGCGCAGAUCCUUGAGGGUAUCCCAUGGGGAAUCUUCAUCGCUAAUGCACCUGCGUAUUGUGCGGAGAUUGUGCCGAUGAGAUUGAGAGCUCCUGCUACCCAGAUGUUGCAGAUGUUCUGGGCGAUUGGUGCGAUUAUUGUUGGUGGAAUCACUUACCAUUAUCAAUCCAAGCCAGAUGCUUCUUCAUACAGAGUCCCAAUCGCUCUGCAAUGGAUGUUCCCCACCCCCCUCGCCAUCCUCCUCUUCCUCGCCCCCGAAUCCCCAUGGUGGCUCGUCCGUAAAGGUCGUCUCGCCGAAGCCGAAAAAGCAGUCAAACGUCUCGGUCGCUCCAGCAUGAACGAUGAUCCUCGUGAUGCAGUCGCCAUGAUGCGUCGUACCAUCGAACUCGAAGCGAGUGAGAAAUCACCAUCUCUCGUCGAACUCUGGAAGGGCCGUGAUCGUUACCGUACCUUGAUCGUCUGCGGUGUCUACGCGUCGCAGAAUCUGACUGGAAACUUGAUCGCCAACCAAGCUGUCUACUUCUUCAAACAAGCCGGGAUGAAACCCGACACCGCAUUCGCCCUCGGCCUCAUCACCUCCGCCCUCCAAUGGAUCAUGGUCAUGCUCUCCUGGGUCCUAACCACCUACCUCGGCCGCCGCACCAUCUACGUCUACGGGCAAUUCAUCUCCUGCGCCUUCCUCGUCGCCCUCGGCAUCGCCGCGUCCGUCGGGAAAUCCACCGCCGCAUCCAACGCGCAAGCCUCCCUCGGUCUCAUCGUCUCCGUGCUCUUCUGUCUCGGCCCUGCCCCCGCAUCCUGGGUCAUCAUCGGCGAGACUUCGUCGGUCCGUCUCCGUCCGCUCACCACUGGUAUCGGUCGCGGUGCUUAUUAUCUUGUCAACAUCCCAUGUAUCUUCCUGGCAUCUUAUAUGUUGAAUACGGAUAAAUGGGAUCUAGGCGGCAAAUCCGGGUAUAUCUGGGCGGGCACCGCGUUUGUAUGCACGGUUAUGGCGUGGAUCUGGGUGCCUGAGAUGAAACAUCGCAGUUUUAGGGAGAUUGAUAUUUUGUUUAAGAGGAGGGUGCCGGCGAGGAAGUGGAAGCAUACUGUUGUGGAUAUUAAUGAUGAUGCGUAG